GGAAAAUGAUGGGGAAACCACUUGCCCUCAAUUUCUUCGUGCCGGGUUGUUAUUUGUUUGUGGGCGUGGUUCUUUCGAUGGAAAGGAAUCUCUUUCGUGGCUUCUUGUGUAAUUUCUAUUAUCCUAGAUGUCAUCCUUGUGGUCUCUUCUCUAGUGGUCUAGUUUCUGGUGGCCUCUCUCUCCAGCUCCCACUUGCUAUGUGGGGUUUUCCCUAUGUCAUCUGUAGCAGGAACAUCGAUUUGAUCGAUAUUCUUGUGUGUCCAUCUGUUCCCAAACCGUCAAGUACACAAGGCUUCCCCUGACAAGUACCACCCUUAUCCAGUAUUCUUUGCCCAUUUCUCCCCUCCUCGCCGCUGGCAGUGAUAUAGCCGAUUUCCACUUCCCAACUCUUCGUGUAUUGCAUUUAUUGCAUUUAUCUAUCAUAAACUGGUGUUGUAUACUAGUGCGGAAGUAAAAGGACGAGCGGAGAGUUUUCGACCCCAUUUUUUUUUUUGCAUGUACAUGUACAUCG